AUGCGUGCCUCUCUCGAUUCAAGCCUUCUUCUCAUCCUCGCCAAUGCUCUGACAGCAAAGGCACAGGCCCAGUCAUGCCCCGAUAUUCACAUCUUUGGCGCCCGUGAGACAUCCGUGGCACCUGGUUUUGGCUCAGCUGGCGCACUGGUCGACAUGAUCAAGGCUGAUCACUCGGGGGCUACUUCCGAGGCCAUUGACUACCCUGCUUGCGGUGGCCAGGCGUCUUGUGGCGGCGUUGAGUAUGGUGCUUCGGCCAAGCAAGGUACUGAGGCUGUUACCACUGCUGUCAAUGGGCUCAAUAAGAGGUGUCCCAAUACCAAGAUUGUCAUGAUUGGGUACUCUCAAGGUGGCCAGAUCAUGGACAAUAACAUCUGUGGAGGACCAGACAACGGGGCUUCAAUCUCUGAUUCUAAUGUUCCUCUCUCAGCAAGUGCAGUUGAACAAGUCAAGGCCGUCAUCAUGAUGGGCGAUCCCCGGUUUAUCCACGGUCUGGCUUACGGAGUCGGGACCUGCGACGCUGGCGGCUUUGAUGCUCGACCCGAAGGUUUCGUCUGCCCCAACGCGGACAAAGUUCAGAUCUACUGCGACGCUCAAGAUCCCUUCUGCUGCAAUGGUAACGAUGCUGCUCAUCACCAGCAAUACGUAAGUAUCUACGGAAAGGAGGCCCUGAAGUUUGUCAACUCUAAGCUCUCGGGUGCUGCAGCUGGUGGAAACACUGGCAGUGCCACUGAUGGGGGUGCUGGAAGUAGUGGAGAUGCUAAUGGAGACGCUGGCAACAACGGUGGGAACGCCGGCAAUGCUGGAGGAAAUACCGGAAAUGCUGGUAAUAACGGAAACGCGGGUGGAAACUUUGGGGGUAACUUUGCGAAUGCUGGCAACGCGCAAUCAAAUGGCAACAAGUGCUAA